AAUCAACUGUCAGACAUUUGCUGUCUCUAAGAGGUGAAAUGGCGCAGCAAGGAAUUCAGAUAAAAGAUAAGGAAAAACUCUGCUGUUCGAUCUGUCUGGACAUACUGAAGGAUCCAGUGACUAUUCCAUGUGGGCACAACUACUGUAUGGGCUGUAUUAAAAGCCACUGGGAUGAAGAGGAUCAGAAGGAAAUCCACACUUGUCCUCAGUGCAGACAGACCUUUGGGUCGAGGCCUGCCCUGGUGAGAAACACCAUGUUGGCAGAUUUAUUGGAGGAGCUGAAGAAGACAGGACUCCAAGCUGCUCCAGCUGAUCACUGCUAUGCCGGACCUGAAGAUGUGGUAUGUGAUUUCUGCACUGGGAGAAAAGUAAAAGCCCUCAAGUCCUGUCACUGUGAGCAGCACCUUCAGCCUUACUAUGAAUCCCCGGCCUUUGGAAAACACAAGCUGGUCGACCCUUCCAAGAAGCUCCAGGAGAACGUCUGUGCUCGUCACAGCGAGGUGAUGAAGAUUUUCUGCCGCACUGAUCAGAAAUGUAUCUGCUAUCUGUGCUCCAUGGAUGAACAUAAAGGCCACGACACAGUUUCAGCCGCGGCAGAAAUGACUGAGCGGCAGAAAGAGCUCGGGUUGUGCCUGCAAAAGAUCCAGCAGAGAAUCCAAAACAGGGAGAAAAAUGUGAAGGUGCUUCAGCAGGAAGUGGAAGCUAUCAAUCACUCUGCUGAUAAAGCUGUGGAGGACAGCAAGAAGAUCUUCACAGAUGCAAAGCAGCAGAUCAGAUCUCGUCAGAAAACGGAAGUGACCCACGUCAACAAGCUUCAGGAGAAGCUGGAGCAGGAGAUCACUGAGCUGAACAGGAAACUCACUGAGCUGGAGCAACUGUUACACACGGACGAUCACAUCCAGUUUCUGCAGAAUUUCAUCUCGCUGUCACGUCUAAGUGAAGCUACAGACUCAUCCGGCAUCGAUAUCCGUCCUCUGAGGUACACUGAGGAUGUGACUGCAGCUGUGUCAGAGGUCAGAGAUAAACUACAGGGCAUUCUUAGUGAGGAAUGGACCAGCGUGUUGCAUACAUGGACUGAAGAUGUUUUACUGCCACAGGCAGAACCCAAGACCAGAGAUGAAUUCUUACAACAUUCAUGUCAGCUCACACUGGAUUAUAACACAGCAUGCAGGAAAUUAAUUAUUUGCAGUGACCUAGAAGUAAAAAACCAGCAUAAUCCACCUAAUUAUUUACAUGUUCUUCACCCAGACAGUUUUACUGACUGGGCUCAGGUUUUGUGUAGAGAAAGUCUGACUGGACGUUGUUACUGGGAGGUGGACUUUAAAGGGACAGGCAUUUUUGUAGCAGUUGCAUACAAGAAUAUUAGCAGAGCAGGAAGAGAAAGUGCCUUUGGGCACAAUGACAAGUCUUGGGCAUUACAAUGUUUCCAUAACAGUUAUGAAUUCACACACAACAACAUCAGAACUUCUGUCUCGGGUCCUGCGUCCUCCCGAGUGGGAGUGUACCUGGAUCACAGUGCAGGUGUUCUCUGUUUCUACAGCGUCUCUGAAACCAUGACCCUCCUCCACAGAGUCCAGACCACAUUCAGUCAGCCGCUCUGUCCUGGACUUGGGGUACAUUACGCUUCUGCUGAAAUCUGCAGAGCUUCAAACACAGAAGACUAAAAUUCACAGAGACACAAAUGACAACUUAUAUAGGGUUUAUGUACAUAGUGAUAUGUCUCAUUUAGCCAUAGUUGAUAUCAAUGCAUGAUGAGCAAGUUUUCAUCUUCUUUCAUCUUUAAAGUCAAAUAUGUAAAUGUGA